UCGCCGACCGCAGCCGAACGACAGCCGAGCGCCCCUUCCCAGGUUGAAUCACCAUUGAGCCCAUGCCUCCAGCCCCAAGCAGCAGGUAGCAUCCGACACUCUGCCGUGAAGUGGGAACUUGCAAAAUGUAAAGCCCGGGAGCAGCUCGGCUGUCUUGAAGCUGGCAUUAAGCGCACUCACACCCACGUAAAUGGAAGAUCUGGAGACCCGCAAAGCACGUAGGAUAGAGCAGAUGGUAGCAAAAUGGCUGCGUCGGUCACGGGAUCAUAUGGCCAGGGGGAGAGCAUCAGUGAGCGACCGAUCAUCCGAUGAAUGUAGCCAAGCUGCGAAUCGCAUAAAACUCACUGUGGAAAUCCAGAAAGAUGCAUUGCUUGGGCAUUAUGGUUUUGCAGUUUCCCAGAAUCCUCCUCUUAUCAUCACAUCAGUUGCUGCAGGCAGCGUUGCUGAUGGGAAGCUUCUGCCCGGGGAUCACAUUCUUGCAAUAAACAACGCAGAGGUGGAAAAUUCUACUGGUGAACAAGCAGCCGCUGUUUUAAGGAAGUCAGAAGACCCUCUCCGCUUUACAGUCCUCCGAUGCACCUUGGGUGGCCCUAAAUCAUCCUUUCUUACAGCAGAGAAAAGAGCCAGGCUGAAGUCGAACCCUGUCAAAGUACGCUUUGCAGAAGAAGUCGUGGUGAACGGACAUACUCAGGGAAGCUCUCUGCUGUGCAUGCCCAACAUUCUCAAGGUGUACUUGGAAAAUGGGCAGACGAAAGCUUUCAAGUUUGACACGAGCACAACAGUUAAGGACAUUAUCCUCACUUUGAAAGAAAAGCUUUCCAUUCGAAGCAUUGAACAUUUUGCUCUGGUCUUGGAAGAGCAGUACAACGUGCUGAAGAUGUACCUUCUUCAUGAUGAUGAACUCAUCACGCAGGUAGUCCAGAAGAAAGAAUCUCACAAUUACCGAUGUCUCUUCAGAAUCUGUUUUAUACCCAGGGAUCCACUGGAUCUACUGCAGCAAGAUCCAGUAGCUUUUGAAUAUCUCUACUUGCAGAGCUGCAGUGAUGUGCUUCAGGAGAGAUUUGCCGUCGAGAUGAAGUGCAGCGUUGCUUUGCGGUUGGCAGCGCUCCACAUCCAAGAGCGGAUUAUCACUUGUGCUCAGCCACAGAAAGUAUCUCUGAAAUAUAUAGAGAAGGACUGGGGAAUAGAAAAUUUUAUCUCCCCAACAUUACUUCGAAACAUGAGAGGCAAAGAUAUCAAAAAAGCCAUCAGCUUUCAUAUGAAAAGGAAUCAACUUUUGCUGGAUCCCAGGCAAAAGCACCUUCUGUCGGCAGCCCAGGUGCGUCUGUGUUACCUGCAGAUCCUUGGAGACCUGAAACUCUAUGGAGGGAAGAUCUUUAAUGUGACUCUCAUGCUCCAGGACAGAGAAUCCUGCAUUGCCCUGUUGGUGGGAGCCAAAUAUGGAAUCAGCCAGGUUGUGAAUAACAAGCUGAACAUCGUAACCACGCUGGCAGAGUUUGCUAAUAUUAGCAGACUGGAGCUUCUGGAAGAAUCAGAGAAAGUGAGCAUGGUAAAAAUCUACCUUCAAGAUAUAAAGCUGUUGACUCUGAUGCUGGAAUCCAGCAGUGCAAAGGAUCUGACCUGUCUCAUUGCUGGCUACUACAAGCUUCUGGUGGAUCCAACCCAUUCAAUAUUUGUUUGGGUAGAGGGAAAGCCCCAAACACACCGCUACUCCAUGGAGGAAGGGUAUGAAUCUCGAAUAUGCAGCGACUCUGAAGAAUCUUCUGAAUUGGAUUCCUCCCUGGACCGGUUUUCAGACACACACUCCCCAAAAUACAGCUGUGUUGGCCCCCUGCAAGAGGAAGAAGGAGAGAACGAGGAGCUGGAGGAGAGGGAAGCCCUGGACGACCAAGAAGUGCCAUUCUGCAAUGGAUACGAUAACAUAAACGAUAGCUUAUCAGAGGCCUCUGACUCAGCCAACACAGAGAGUCGGGGGUUCAAGACCAGCGGUUCGAGUGAUUCUCUAGAUGCUCUGGAAGAGGACGAUUUAGAAGCGUGUUCUUCAAGCAGGCCUUUCAGUUUUGGUACACCCACUCUCCAGGACCUCACUAGCAGUGACAAGGCAUUCUUAGGAGCAGAUUAUGAAAACAGAGCCACCUCCGAAGAUUUCUUUUCUUUCCUUCCAAUGCCCAACGUCUCCAAUUCUGCUCUUGUACAGUCGGAUGCGGAAUUCAAAAGGGAAAGCGAAAUAAAUGCCGUCGUUCUGGAGUCCAAGCUGGCCGAGAACGAUGCCAUGGACUACUACAGUAUCUGCGCUAACAUCUCUCCAGCCAGCAGUGGGGAGAAGAACACCCACAGUGACGGCACAGAGGGGGGCUCUUCGCAAGACCUGUCAGCUGAGCCAAGUGCAGAUGAGGGAAGGGGCAGGCAAGAGUCAGGUGGCCUCGUCUUGGCUCCUCCCGCGGGUUUUGGGGAUACCAGUUCGGAGGAUGAAUUCUACGAUGCCGCAGAACGGGUGACGCCAACAGAGGCUCGAAUAGGCUCUGGAGGACCAUUUCCUCAGAAUUCAGAAGAUUCUAGUGUCUCAAAGAUGUCCUAUCGCAGUCUGGUUGAAAGCAUUCUGUCAAGACACAACAAAUGGGUUGCACAUAAGGCCGAAGAGGAGCCAACACGUAACAACAGUCUGAGGAAAAGACGGUCUUUUUUACAGACUAAUUAUACCUCACAAGUUAGUUUCCCUCUUCAGCCUCCUCACACUCAGGAAAACACUGAAGUUAUGUGUUAUGAUGGAGAAUCUGAUCUUUCCAGUGCCUCAUGUUCAUCAACUGGGCUUUCCACUGGAGACAUGGAGAGGGAUCCUGAUCUUCUCAUACCCAACCAUCUAGUCCAACUGGGCUCUUACAGAACAACCGAGAAUUCACCUAGCUUAAUGGAGAUGGAGCCAGAUACAUUAGAAACUAAAUCAGUAACUGAUUCACUUGUUUCUUCAAUCUCCGCUGUUCGUUUGCCAGGUACUCAGGAAAGUGAAAAGAGUUCAGAAGUCACAUCUAGCUCCUCCUUUAAAGAGGAGUGUAAAAGUCCUUCUAUCUCUUCCUGUACACCCAAUCAGAAUAGUAGUUCAAGUAUGUCAGAAAUCCCCUUUCAGCUGGAAGAUAUUUGCACUGAAACAAAAGAGGAACCUACAGAAACAUCUUGUAGCAUUCAGGAAUGUUGUAUAGCAACAACAGAGCAUCAGUCAGAGGUAAUACCAGAGGGUAUGUCAGAAGCACCACCUGACAACGGAGUCAGCCAUUUAUUGAUUGAGGAGAUAACACACGAAACUAUCAAACCUUCUUGCUCCUUGGACAGCCAUCAGAACACACAAUUGAUUUAUGAAUCAACCUUGGAUCCAGGUACUCUUCCUACUGGCGCCGUGGAAAAUAAUGAACAGGUUGUGCUAGACCCUAGUGGAAGAGAGAAAGAUGAUUCUGUCUUGUGUGAAUCCAGCCAGGCAUUUGAAGAGGCAUUACUCCAAGAGGAUACAAGCAAGAGCCUGAGUGAAAAUUCCUGUAAAAAAUCUGGAGCUCAAAAACAAGUGGGUUUCUCAAGUGCAACCGACUUGCUUUCUGACUCUGAUGGUACUUCAGGGAUAGUGACUCGUCUCUCCUGGCUUUCUUUUAAGUCGAUGAUAGAUAAUGCGGAACCAUGUCAGCAAAAUGAUGACAACUAUCAAACUGUUAUUGACCCAAGUUCCCCAGUUCUUAAUCAGGUUUCACUGAAAGAAGAUCAUUUGCUUUCAGAUGGGUUGAGUCAAUGGCCACACCCCAUAUCAGCUGAAACCAGGUCUCAUGACUGGUCUCCGUUUGAUGCAGAACUUGAUGAUGAGAAAACAGAAGAUGAAUCCCUUAUAGAUGGUGCCGUGAGUUCCAAAGGUGAACAGCCCAGUCCACUAACUGUUCCCACAGAGGAGAACGUGGACCAGAGAGAAUGUGGCAAUUUGAAUGGGCUGGACUGCUUGCCACUUGAUGCUUUGUACCAAUCUGCGGGGUCUGAUGAGGAAAAUAGUGUUUCUGGUCAACCAUUUUCCCAUUUUGAACAUUCUAGCUCAGUAGAAGGUGCUGAGGGCCCUGUGAUUUGCAGCCACACAGACUCUCCGACGUUGAACAGGAAGGAAACGUUCUCACCAAAACAUGAAGUAGACAAAUGUAGUUGCCAGUUUUCUUACACCAGCUGUUUCCACGGGUUAGAGGACAAGCCAGUAUUAGAGGACCCCAACCCAGCUCUACAAGGUACUUCUGAGGAGCCAUUAACGACCCCACCAACAAGAAGCUCCCUGUCCUUAGAUUUUGUCCCUGUGAGGUCUGGUCAAGAAUGUAACUGUGCUGAUGCUAAAUCAAAAGACUGUGACGCUGAUGUUUGGCUUCCGGACUCUCACAUCAAAGCACUGAGCUAUGUCAAAGAUAGAGUCCGUGCCUCGUCGCUUGACUUCGGCCGUUUGUUAGAUCAUGUGGUGGAGCUUCAGGAAACUUUAAAUCUAUUCUGGGGAAACAGAACCAAGCACCCUCGGGUUGAGUGCUCAGCCCAUUUCUCAGAAAACAAGAACACCUUGUGUGCAGAAUCCCAAAGGUUUAUGUCCAGUUGUCAGAAGGUCAUCAAAACGUACGGGCCUUUGACAGAAAUACAGAGCACCAUUCGAGAAAGUUUCCAGCACCUUCUUCAGCUGAUGGAAGUGUGCUUCCAGUUCACAAACUGUGGCCUUUGCAGCGGGAGGCACAAAGAUCUCGCAGUCAAUCUGAAGGAUGUUGUAUGUAGUUAUCACCAAUUUAUUCAGGCAGCCCAACAGGCCGUUGAGAGGGGCUAUCACCGCUUGAGCACAAAACUGCUUGUGUGCCAAUAUACUGCCCUCACGGCAGCCUUGUUCUGCCUGGUUCAGCAAUUCAAGGGCCCCCUCUCAGUGUGAAAUGAAGGAUCUUACCCAAUUAUUGUCCUUUCUGCACCAACUCCAUUGCUUUGUGGAGAAGAACCCAGCCAAGUGUCUGUUGUUAAAACAAUUCUCCCAAUAAAAAACAGUUAAUUUGUUAAAAAGAGAGAGAGAGA